AUGGUGUGUAAGGAGUUAGCUAUACCGCAGGAGAACACGCUUGUUGCGGUUACGGACUCUAUGUCCGCUAACCCGCAGCGGCUGGAGUGUCUACUAACCAAGGGGCUCCUGCAAAGGGAUAUCGAUCUCUUAAAGGAAGGUAUGAAACGAAUGCGACCGCUACAUCUGCGUGCAGCCGGAUUCUCGACGCUUGAGUGUGUGGCCUACGCGCCGGUAAAGAUGUUGCUUGAUGUCAAGGGCCUCAGCGAGCAAAAGGUGGAGAAGAUAAAAUUGGCAUGCAAGGAGCUUUGCCACCUCGGGUUUUGUUCGGCAACCGAUUAUCUGGAGGCCAGGGAAAACCUCAUCAAGUUUACCACCGGGUCUACCGCCCUCGAUGCGUUACUGCAGGGUGGCGUCGAGACUGGCAACAUCACUGAGAUAUUCGGAGAGUUCAAAACGGGUAAAACGCAAUUAUGUCACACGCUAGCGGUCACGUGCCAAUUGCCCGUGGAGCAGAGCGGAGGGGAGGGUAAAUGUCUGUGGAUUGACACCGAAGGCACCUUCAGACCUGAAAGGAUCGUCGCCAUCGCUAAGCGCUUCGGACUCUCUCCAGCCAACUGCCUCGAAAAUAUCGCUUACGCCAAAGCAUACAACACUGAUCACCAACUGGAGCUGCUUAUAGAAGCUGCGAACAUCAUGGCGCAGACACGGUUUGCGCUGCUCAUUGUGGACAGUGCUACAGCUCUCUAUCGGUCAGACUACUCGGGUAGAGGAGAGCUGGCCAGUAGGCAAAUGCAUCUCUGCAGGUUCCUCAGGGCACUGCAGAGGAUUGCGGACACCUUUGGUGUCGCUGUGGUUAUCUCAAAUCAGGUUAUCUCAAAGGUCGACAAUAUGUCCUCCUUCUACGGUGGGAAUGACAAGAUGCCGGUCGGUGGGAACAUCAUUGCGCAUGCCAGCCAGACCAGGUUGUUCCUUAGGAAGUCCAGAGGAGACAGCCGUAUCUGUAAAAUAUACGACUCUCCAAGCCUUCCGGAGGGUGAGGCAGUCUUUGGCAUCACUGAGGGCGGCAUCGAUGACUACACUGACAAGUCAUUAUGA